AUGAUAAACGCAUUCGCAAAGGCGUUGUCACUGGGUAAGGUGGUAUUCGGGACUUGUUCAGCUGCGGGUGUUGGUACUCUUAUAUAUGCCCUUGAGAAUUCAUUGACUGCCGAUGCAUUUGAUCUUAUUGUCCAUCCGGUUAAACUCCCAUGGUCGCAUUCAGGUCUUUGUGACUCCCUGGAUAUUGCAUCGGUGCGACGCGGUUGGGAAGUCUAUAAGCAAGUUUGUGCAGCAUGUCAUUCAAUGAGGUUCAUACACUAUCGACAUUUUGUGAAUGCCUUUAUGACUGAAGAUGAGGCAAAGGAAGAAGCUGCAAAUAUCAUCAUUACGGAUAUAGAUGAUGCAGGGGAACCUUUUGAACGGCCAGGAAGACUGACAGAUAACUUACGGUCUCCGUAUAGAAAUGAUAAGGCAGCUGCGAGUGCAAACAAUGGUAUCGUUCCUCCUGACUUAAGCUUGAUGACAUGGGCUCGCCAUGGAAACGAGAACUACAUAUUUUCUUUGCUCUCAAGCUACAUGGAUCCUCCUGCUGGAGUUAAGGUCGAUGAAGGGAAAGCGUAUAAUCCUUACUUCCUUGGUGGCGUGAUUAGUAUGCCGCAACAGCUGUAUGAUGAGGGCGUUGAAUAUAAAGACGGGACGGCAGCUACACAGACUCAACAAGCCAAGGAUGUCUGUACCUUUAUGCGAUGGGCUGCCGAGCCGUACCAUGAUACUCGAAAAAGAAUGGGCCUUAAGAUCGCCAGUUGCAUCCCCUUCGUCCUGUUCGUGUUGUUGUAUGGGAAACGACAUGCUUGGACUUUCGUCAAAAACCAGAAGUUCAUGUUCCGAACGGUUAAAGGACGUGAGCCACCAGUAGGCAAAUAG